AUGCCGUCGCCAGCGAAACGGCGGCCAACGCUGCGCCACGCCCACGCGACGCCGUCGGCGCUGGAGAACCUGCCGCCGGUCGCCUUGGCGACAGUCAUUGCGAGGGCCGGUCCUCGCGGCGCCGCUUCGCUAGCCUGCGCCAGCAAGACUCUCCACGCUGCCGCAUCCUCCGAGAAGCGGUGGCGACGGUUCUGUACUGACGACAUUGGCAUCGAUGCUCCAGUGGACCCUGAAGGCCGCGUGCUCCCCUCCUUCAAGAUAAUAACGAUAUGCCACAAGAUGCUCCUUUUGUGGCUGGAGGAGCACCUUAGGAAACUACAGAGUGGCCUGGUCAAGGUGCAGAUUUCUAACUUCAGAAGGGACGCAAGACACAUCAGUUUGUAUCCAGAAACACCACCUACCUGUUCAACCGCAGUUACACAUGGUAUAAAGGUCCGUGCAUCUGCUGUUUUUGUUCCAGAAGAUUCUUCUGUCCACGGUGAUCCAUGCAAAUAUGUUUACUAUUACUUUAUUCGCGUAUCACUUCCUGAUGCAUGCAUUGUCGAUGGCAAGUGCUACUCUUCCUCCCAGUUUCAAUCAUGUAGCCUAAUUAUUCGUACAGGAAAUGAUGUCUUUCAUGAUGAUACAGAGUACAGUGGUCUAUUGGUAAAGGAUGCUCCAGAUGAGUUUAAGUAUGGGAAUUACAUAUUAGUGUCAAAGUUACCGGCGACCAUGGAGGGAUCUCUCAUAUUCAUUCCACUGAGGCACCACCAACCUGAUGAUAAUCAAUUUUCUGUCAAGAUUGCUCCAUUCCCUCUGCAGCUGCCAGAGUACGUCUUCUGAUGAUUCAGGCUCCCAAAACUGAUUUCUUCUGCCUAGUCCAUGUUCUAUGUAGAAUUCUGUCCAAAGUUGUUGGAUAGCAUAUGUCGUGACUGUGUUUGAAAUUCUAGCACAUGACAUGGACAUGUGUACUGUUUUUUGUUCUGAUGUUUCUCUCGAUGAUUUGUGUUCGAUGUUUGAUGAGUGGAAAAAUGCAUGUUCCAUGAGUGCCCGCAAACUUCGUGAUGUUACUAGACUUGCCAAGCACAUUUCUAUCUCACUACUACAAAAAUAAUUUGUAGUAAUAUUCUGAUUU